AGCCAAGUCACUCUUCUUCUUUGAUUGGCACCACCUUUUUCAGCACUAUGCUCUUCUGUUGUCAAUUACUGUUUAGUAUGUCAUUUAGCUCAUUUAUGUUAAAAGGUAAAUGGAAUGAAUGGGCAAUGAUCUAAGGAAGUACAGCGGCAAAUAGAUGUAAAAAUGUUUAGAUGUCAAUAUUUCAUGUUUAUAAAAUAUUAACAGAGGACAAAAAUGUAAUGUUUGACCGCGAUUUCAAUAGCAGGUUUAAAGCCUUUUAUAGAGCAACUAUGUAAGUUGGCUAAUGCAAUCAGUAACUUAAGGAAUUGGUUGGCGACAGUUCAAAAGACAAAAAGGGGAUUCUUAUCUACCCUAUCCUAUAUUAUAGCCUUUGGUUGUUUGAAGUGGUCCUUUUUUUAGUGUGAAAUGCCUGACCCCAUGAACGUAAAGUUCAUGCUUUAUGUUUCACGGUGGAGAACAAAAGUUGCAGUUGCUUGCAUGAAAGAGAAAGGUACGGAUGCAUCUAUAUAUGCCCCGGGGUGCAGAUAGAUGGACAUCUUCUGUUGGAAAGCUGUUUGAGGAGUUUGUGCACAUUAGUCUCCUGCUCUGUUCUCCCGGAACCAUGGCUGUUGUGGAGCUCAAGGUUGGAAUGCACUGCGAAAGGUGCAUCAAAGCGAUUAAGAAGGCUAUAAAAACAAUCGAUGAUAUGGAGAGCUAUCAACUAGAGACGGAGACGAACAAGGUCAUGGUGACAGGGAACGUGACCCCGGAGGAAGUCGUCAAGGCUCUCCACAAGAUUGGUAAGACGGCAACCUGCUGGACGGAAGAUUGAGAACUGAUGGUUUUCUCAGCCCCACUCUGACAGUCAGUUAGCUAUCAAGUUCCUACCUGGACUCCUGGAGAUGCUACUUACUACUGGUAACUUGAGCUAAUAGUCUACUAGCUAAUUACUAGCGAGUAGUAUUAGUUAAUCUGCUUUCCUAGCUUGUGUACCAGGAUGUUUGUACGCUGCAGCUAUUCUAGAAAUAAACAGGGACCAGUUUUAAUGGGUUUUGCUUUGUAAAGCUGGUAACCCCAGCAGGCUAGCUGAGCCGUUUUGUAACUGCAACCUUAUUGGCUUUCUGUUAAAGCCGGGUGAAUCCUUGAUCGAAAAAGAAGAAGAAAUAAACAGGGACACAUGCUGUGAAAAA